ACAGACUCGUCAGACGGUUGGACUCGAUUCAUCGAAGGAAGGAGUUUUAUUAAAACCAACUCUCGACUUCUUCCAUCUUCGAAGGGAUCGACGAGCCUUCCAAUCUCCUUAAAAGAAAAAGAAAAAGCAAGUGAUGCGAUCGAUAAGAAACGAUCCCAACGAGAGAGAUGCAUCCGAUAUACUUUUCCUUCCUCAUCUUGAUCAAACCUUGCUCUUCGACGAGGCACUCCUGGUUCCACGAUAAAUUCAAGAAUAUCGAGAAUAACCAGUUAUCCGGGCAGGAGAUCGACAACCUGGGGCUGGUGUUGAAUUUUAUCCGCCAAUCCCCCGAGUUUCAACCCCUCACCAUCUCUGUCAUAUUGACGAAAUUUCAAUCGGCCCCCAUCGACGCUGCUCUCCGAUAUAUCAGAGAGAAUUCGAUCCAGACCUACAAAGUGAGCACCGCGAGAGAUCCUCUUAAAUCCUGUCGUUGGAACAACGAAUCGGAAGGAAUCACUUGGCUAUUCGCGAUCGACCAUCUCGACGUGAUCUUCGUUUAUUGGGACGUUUGGAACUCGAACGAUCAAUACUUGAUCGUGUCCACGGCAGGGAGAGCACAGGCGGGGAUCGUCGUUUGGAGGGACGUUUUCGAGACGUUGUGGAAGCGGUAUCACGCUUACAGAGUGAUAGUGAUCUCGGCCGAUGACGAUUUUCGCUGCAUGCUCAGGUACAAACCUUUCGAGAGGCACGAGGAUCAGUACGGCGUCGUGUACAAAACGUGUCUGGGCGAAGGUUCGAGGGGGGCAGGUCGGGGCGAGAUCGUGGGAUCCGGGCGGCUGUUCGAAAAUUUUGAAAACUUGAAUCAUUAUCCCGUGAACGUGUCGGUGUUCGAAUCCCUACUUAUGAGAAUCUCGUACGAUCGGGGGAACAGAUUGAAGCUGGAUAAAAUAGACGCGAAAGCGUUGUUCGUCCUCGAGAAGGCGAUGCGCGCGAGUUUCAACAUCAAAGCGGUGAGGAAGAGAAACAUCAAACGAGACCCGUUCUCGUUCCUGAUCAAGGAUAUAGAGCGUGGAAUAACCGACAUGUGCAUCACGGGAUUUUUCGUCAAGACUUACGACCGUUUCCAAAAGUUUCAAUUCACGGCUUCGAUGUACGAGGACAAGAUAUGCUUCGUGAUGACCAAUUACGGCUUCAUACCCAAUAUGUACGUGUUCUUCUUCCCUUUCCGAGCUCACUUGUGGCUCGUAUUGAUAACGUACAACGUCCUGAUCACGUUGUUAUGGCGGCUGGUGAGGUAUCUGAGCUCGUUGUUCCGACGUCGGUCACCGACUUCCUCGAAUAAUCGAGAUACGAGGAUUAUCGGGAGCAGAGCGAAGGGUGUGCACGUUCGUGGGGAAUCGGUGGGUGGAAAGCCGCCGGAAAUUCCUCGGAUAGUGGAAAAAUUCUUCACUUUCUUCGAGUACCUUUGCUACCCUAUCCGAGACAGUGAGUACACGGCCGAAAGAGCUCUGUUGACCGGCAUACUUUUCUUCAAUCUCAUCAUAAGCGGUCUGUAUCAAAGUUUUCUGGUCUCGAGCUUGAACAAGCCUUUCCAUUAUUAUCAGUAUCGCACCGUGGACGAGGUGGUGAGAUCCGGGAAGACGAUGAUCACCAAGUACGAGAACUUGAAGCAAGCGUUCGUUGGCUCUGACCUGUGGGAGAAAAUUCAAGUGAUCGAGUUUCAACGAUCGACGAAAAAUAUCGUGUUGACCGAGGAUAAGAUCUCGAUGACCAGGUUGUACAAUAUGCAACUAUUACCUCACAGACGGUUCAACGAUCGUGAAAAGUCUUCGUUGUACAUGGUCGACGAGUGCGCGAUGACUUAUAGAAUUUCGUACAUUUUAAAAUUGCAUUCACCGUACGCGGAAAGGAUUAAUUUCGUGUUGUUGAGGAUGGCGGAGGCGGGAUUGCCCGAGCACUGGAUAGACGAGAUGAAGUACUUCGUUACGUUGUACAACGAGGGAGAGACGGAGGAUUUCGUGAAAAUACACAAGUUGUCCCUCGGCUAUUACGUCUUGGCUUUUUUAUUGUUGUUCAUCGGUCUGCUUUUAUCCACCUUGAUAUUCUUUUGCGAAUUACAAGCCGCGAAACGAAAUAGAAAGAGACGUUAGAAAUAGAAUCUAGAAUGGGAAGACGGAAGAUCGAGUUUAUAUUAUUUUAUAUUUUCCUUUCUUUCUUUGUUUUUUUCUCUUUUUUAGCGGGAAAUUUAAAUUGAGAAAUCACAAUUUUAAACGCAAUAAAGAAGUUUGUAAUCGUUGUAACGUUUCUUGGAAAUUUUUCCAACAAGAAUUUAUUCCAACUUUGUUUCCAACUUUUAAUUUUUUUUCAUGGACGACGAGAGAAAGAAUUUUUUAAUAUUCUUUUCGUCUCCUUCCGUUUGUUUUUCCUUAACACGUUUCUUUGCCUUGUUUGAACUGGAAAUCGUUAAAUCGGAAUAUCUGAGAGCGGGGCAGCUGGUUAUCAUCUGCCGAAUCAACGAUGAUUAGUUAUUUUCGCUCCAAUCCUCUUCCUUGUCGCUGAAACACGCGCGGCCUUAUUUAUUAUUAAAUUCGAUUCGUCCACUUGAUACGAUAAAAAAAAAGAGGAGCUUUGUUUGAUGUUUGAUUUAAAAAAAAAAAUUUAUACGUUUUUCAUUAUUAAUGAAGAAACAAGAAAAAGUAAUUAAAUAAAAAAAAAAUUACUA